AUGUUUUUGACUUGUUGUCCAAAUGUUUACUCUAUGAUGCUAUAGACUUAAAUUAACUUUAUUGACAAUGAAAUUCUACUAACUCUUGAUUUAUAGCCUCCUUAUAAAGCUAUUCUAAAAAAAGAUUUCUUACACAUCUACAAAGAUAAUGAACCCUUAUUUUCUCUACCUUUAUUAUAUCCAAAUUUAAUUAGUUGGCAAUUUGAAAGAGGUUUAGUAGGAUUUAAAAUUAACAAUAAUAUUUAUCAGACUGAUUAAGCCUUAAAGUUAAAGGAAUUACUAAAUGGAAGAUUAUUUUUUUCAAAAAUACAAGACUUCUAUACACCAUUAUAAGUUUUGGGUUAAGGUAGCUCAGCAAAGGUUUUAUUAGUGAAAUCUAAGCAUAGUGAUUAGUAUUUUGCAGCAAAAUGUGUUGAAAAGAAUGAACUUAUGUAUUAAGAGAUUGAGAUUAAUAAUCAAUUAGAUCAUCAAGCAUUUGUUAAAAUAAAAGAAGUUUUUUAAGGAGAUACAAGCUACUAUAUUAUAAUGGAUUUAUUGUCAGGUAAAAAUUUGCAAUAACUCAUAAAAAAUUAACAUGUUGGCUUAACAUUAGAAUAGACAUAAAAAAUAAUGCAUGUAAAUUGAUAGUUAAAUAGGCUUUAUUAAGUGGAAUUGAACAUAUGCACUUAAAAAGUAUUAUGCAUAGAGAUAUUAAACCAGAGAAUAUAGUGCUAUAGAAAAAUAAUAAUUUGACUACUCUCAAAAUAGUUGAUUUUGGUUUGGCUACAUAUACAACCUUAAAAAAGUAAAAUUUUACAUUAACUAGAUUUAAAUAUCCAAAAUGUGGAACCCCUGGUUAUGUUGCUCCAGAAAUUGCUAAUUUGACUGAUAAAGAUGCUACAUAUAGUUCUAAAUGUGAUAUUUUUAGUGCUGGUGCCGUAUUUUUUAAGCUUCUUACAGGAAGAGAUGUUUUUCCUGGAACAGGCUUUAACUUUGUCUUAUCAUUAAAUAAAAAAUGCUAAAUUGAUUUCUCUGUUCUCACUUUAAAGAAAAUACCAUAAAAUGUCAUAGUAAUCAAUAUUUAAUAUAGAGGGAACUUGUUUAAAAAAUGUUAUCUAAAGAUCCGAAAAUGAGACCAACAGCUACUGAAUGUUUAAAUCAUGAAUUUUUUACAUUUAAUGACAAACCAACUAGUGCUCAGAAAAAGACAUUUUUCGCUUAAACUAGAGCAACUACUUUGACUGUAGAUUUUUCCUCUCCUGAAGAAAAACCAGAAUAUAAAGGUUCCUUUGUUACCAAUGACAUUGUACCAUAAAAAUGUGAAAUGCAAAAAACGAUUAACAAAUUUAAUACAACUGAAUUUGAACAAUAUAAUUGA